GAAAAAAAGACAAUCUCGAGUGCAGAAAGUGCAAAUGAAUUGGUGUACGAAUGUGUAGCACGUGCACGCACGUGGUACGAUGGCCUAUAAGAGUCUUUGCGUGAAUAUUAAAAAAAGUCGAAUACUAGAUAAAUGUUUAAAAGCUACUGUAACUAAACGUGGUUAUUCAAAAACAGCAAACACAUUUUCAGAGGACGAUGAGAGAUCGACACAUUUUGGUUUCCAAACAGUUAAGGAGAGCCAGAAGGCAAAGGAAGUGUACACCAUAUUUGAAAAUGUUGCCAAUUCUUACGAUUUGAUGAAUGAUACAAUGAGUUUGGGUAUCCAUCGUAUCUGGAAAGAUAUUUUUAUACAAGAAUUAGGACCUACUCACGGUACCCAUCUCUUGGAUUCUGCUGGUGGCACAGGCGACAUUACAUUUCGAUAUAUUAAUUUUCUGAGGAAUACGCCAAAUCCACAUAAUAUACGUAGCCAUGUAACUGUAUGUGACAUAAAUCAAAAUAUGUUAGACGUUGGGAAAAACCGAUCAAGUAGGCUAGGUUUAUCAAAGGAUAGUAAUUGUGAUAUUACGUGGAAGCAAGAAGAUGCAGAGAAGCUUUCCUUUAUAGAUGAUUCUUUCUCUGCCUAUACUAUAGCAUUUGGAGUAAGGAAUGUGACACAUAUUGACAAGGUAUUGUCCGAAGCAUACAGAGUAUUACAGCCAGGAGGAAGAUUUUUAUGUCUAGAAUUUAGUCACAUUGAAAAUAAAUCUUUACAAUGGUUAUAUGACCAAUAUUCUUUUCAAAUAAUACCUGUAAUGGGGACACUGAUUGCAGGACAAUGGAAAGCUUAUCAAUAUCUAGUAGAAAGCAUAAGAAGAUUUCCAAAACAAGAAGAAUUUAAAAAUAUGAUUGAACUUGCAGGAUUCAGAAAUGUGACUUAUCAAAAUCUUAUGUUUGGUAUAGUUGCUAUUCAUUCAGGAUUUAAACUAUAAAUAAAAUAUCUUGGAAUACAGAAUUGAUUAUUUGUUUGAGGAACAAGGAAAUUUACAAUUAUAAUUACAGCAUUACCAAACAACAAGUUACAGAAGUUGUGAUAGUUACAGCAACAUCAAAGUACAAA